UCAAAAAUAAUUUUUUUAGAGAUUUAAGAAGAUUCUUCUUUAGGAAAGCUAAAGGAAGGAUCAGAGAGAACAUUACAACACUGAAGACUCUCAAAUUUUCAUAGCCAUGUACCAAGAGGAACAAGAUUGUAUGUUGUUGAUUUCACUCUCUUAUCCAUUAAAUGUCUUGAGUUAAUAAUAUGCUGGUUUUUUGUUUUUCUAUUCAGUAGUGUUCAGAUUAGUUCAGUAGAUUCCUAACAACUCAUAAAGGUUAAAAGAAUUCAUUUGCAUUGUGAUAUUGACGAUCGUUUGUGUGGACAGUGUGUUUCCUUGGUACAUGAUAUUAGUUGCGUUUGUUUUGAAGCAAAGCUAAUAAUAGAGAAAGGUUGGGAUUAUUUUUCUGUAAGUGUCACUUUGUAAGAAAAGAUUGUUACAGUGCUUUGAUGGACUUAAAAUGAAGCCUUAAUGUUUAUUUUGAACAGACUUUUAUUUUUAUUAUCUUAAUCCUUUUGAAGAUUUAGUCCUAGGAUACUUUGGUUGCUUAUUUUCUGACUGGCACCAUUCUCAUGCCCUUCUCACACAUUCCCUACCUAUAUCACCAGCUAGCAUCCUUAAUUAGCUGAUACAUUCAAAUUAUUCAUCCUAAGGGACCAGUUUUCCCUUUAGUCUAUUUCAGACUGAUGUUUUUGUAAAAUGCAGUAAGAAUUGCCCAGAAAUAUCAAAUUUCUGUGAAAGUAUCUAAAUGUUUGUUCUUGUUUUACACUUACCUUGUUGCAGACUGGUCUGUGGAUUGAGUAGCAUGUGAAUAGCAAUGGAUUAGAUGGACCAUAUUGAAACAGUAAUGGUUUACUUGACUUUUCAGCCUUAUAAAAUGAUAAAAUGAUCUUGGCCUUUUUUGUUUUUUCCAAACUAAAAGCAGAAAGUAACUCUACUUCCAUGAAUAAAUAAUUAACUAUAAUGAUUCUUUACCAGCACUGCAGAGAUAAUCAUUAAUCAUGCUGUCUGUUGAUCAUGACUCCUCCUUCCUCAAAAGGACCCACUGUCUUGACUGGCCUGAUGUCUUCAACUGAAAGGGGAUUAUCAUCUAGACUGUCACAGCCAUCCUCCCCCCAGUCAGGCUGCCCAUCACCCACCAUUGCAGCAGGUAAAGUCAUUUCUCCGUCACAGAAGCACAGCAAGAAGGCACUAAAGCAGGCUCUAAAGCAGCAACAGCAAAAGAAACAGCAGCAGCAAUGCAGGUCCAGCAUGUCCAUCUCCUCCAACCAACAUCUCUCUCUCAAGAAUGUCAAGACCACCACUGAUCCUGCACCUGCUAAACCCGCAAUAUGGGAAGGAAAGCAAGCUGACGGACAGUCGAGCAGCCCCCAGAACUCAAACUCCAGCUUUUCUUCUUCAGUCAAAGUGGAAAGCCCCUUGCUAGGCUUGGGGAAGAAGGCUUUCCAGAGGUCUGACAGACUCCACACAAGGCAAAUGAAAAGGACUAAAUGUGCUGACAUUGAUGUUGAGACACCGGACUCCAUUCUGGUUAAUACAAAUCUGCGGGCACUGAUCAACAAACACACUUUCUCAGUCCUUCCUGGAGACUGCCAACAGCGACUGCUUUUACUGCUUCCAGAGGUAGAUCGACAGGUUGGUCCUGAUGGUUUGAUGAAGCUAAAUGGCUCAGCCCUUAACAAUGAGUUCUUCACUUCGGCAGCCCAAGGCUGGAAGGAAAGGCUCUCAGAAGGUGAGUUUACACCUGAGAUGCAGGUGAGAAUUCGACAGGAGAUUGAGAAGGAGAAAAAAGUGGAACCUUGGAAAGAACAGUUCUUUGAAAGCUACUAUGGUCAGAGUUCUGGUCUGAGCCUUGAAGAUUCAAAGAAAUUGACUGCUUCGCCCAGUGAUCCCAAAGUCAAGAAAAUCCCAGCCGAGCAACCAAAACCCGCACUUCCUUCAGAGGCCUCUCCUGUCAGAACAGUCCCGGUGGCUCUCCCGGCGGAGUGUAAAGAAGAAGCAGUGCCGACGCCAUCACCCGUUGCAAAGGAAGAGCACGAGAGCCAGGAUGAGGGGCAGCCGGACCUCUCGAGGUGCGCGGAGCCGCGCCCGUCCUCAGCCGGCGGCACGGCCGCAGAGGAGCCCAGCAGCGUCCUUCCCAUCCAGGGCCCGCAGGGUGCGGCUGUCCCGGAGCAGAAGCCGGCUGCCUCUGCUGAGCAGGAGUCUGAGAGGGACGAUCGUCUCCCCGCCGUUCCUGCUGACAGCAAAGACAGAGGCCAAGAAGCCCCCCUGGCUUCCCCAGUGCAACCUCAGAGUCCUGGGGGGGAGAAGCCGAUCCUGAAGCCCCUAGCAGAGGCAGGUCCACAGGAGACCCCCGCGAUAGAAGCUCCAGCAGCUCUUGCUGAUCAGAGCCCAGAAAGCCUCAAGAGAAAAUCUCUUAGCCAAGAAGAGGCCCCUGCAAGCUGGGAGAAGAGGCCACGGGUCACCGAGAAUCGCCAGCACCAGCAGCCAUUUCAGGUCUCACCGCAGCCCUUUCUCAACAGAGGAGACAGGGUCCCCGUGCGGAAAGUUCCACCUCUCAAGAUCCCGGUCUCCAGAAUCUCCUCCAUGCCAUUUCCUCCGUCGCAGGUCUCUCCCAGGGCUCGGUUUCCAGUCCCCAUCAUCAGUCCUAACAGAACAGGAGCCAGAACCCUCGCAGACAUCAAAGCAAAAGCCCAGCUGGUCAAAGCACAGAGGGCAGCCGCCGCCGCUGCCGCCGCCGCCGCUGCUGCCGCCUCCGUUGGAGGGACCAUUCCAGGACCUGGUCCAGGGGGUGGACAAGGUUCAGGAGAAGGUGGCGAAAGGAAAACUGCAAGAGGAGGCAGUCCAAGCUCAGACAGGGUCAGUGGAACUGGAAAGGGCCCCACACUGGAACUGGCAGGAACUGGAAGCGGGGGAGGUACGAGAGAGCUUCUACCCUGUGGUCCAGAGACUCAGCCCCAGUCUAAGACCAAGACCCCAGGCCAGGCACAGCCUCCUAGUGGCUCUGGAGCACAACUACAGCAAACCCCCUCAGUGCCUCCAACACCUUCCGUCAGCGGAGGGUGCACACGUGUCCCAUCAGCAGCCCACAUAGAGAAACCCAACAGUGAGACACUGCACCCCGCCAGGGCAGCACCCACAGCGGCCCCUCUCAGUCAGCCUGCAGGGCCCAGUGGCUGCAGACAGGAGAAGGCACCUUCUCCAGCGGGUCCUGCUCUGCUUUCAGAUGCAUCACCUGCUCGUUUUGCAGCUAAUGGCACCAUUGAGUCCAAAGCAGGCUCUGGGAAGAGUGCACCGAACCCUUGCGCCUCGGCAAAGACAAAUGCUAGUGCUCCAGUGGCGCUGGCUCCCUCCCCUGUCACAUCUUUAUUGACAACAGCCACUUUAGAGAAGCGCUGCGUACCCCAGGUCAGUGUGCCUGCAGCUCCCACUGGGGCAGCUCCGUCCUCGAGCACUUUGCCAGCAGCUUCUAGCCUUAAAACCCCAGGAGCUUCUUCAAGUGUGAACGGACCCAUUUCACGACCCAGCUCUAGUAUCCCUGCUAAUAAUCCUUUAGUUACUCAGCUGCUCCAGGGCAAAGAUGUCCCGAUGGAGCAAAUCCUGCCUAAGCCUCUCACCAAAGUUGAAAUGAAAACUCUUCCAAUGUCCGCAAAAGAGAAGGGAGUAGGAGCACCCGCAGGCACGGCCGGAACGGAGAGUAGCCCCAGAGAAGACGCUCACGAGAGACAGUCCCAUCCGGCUGUGCAGCUGCUGGGGAAAAGCCUGCAGGGUCAGCCCCUCCCCCAGGGCGCCCGGCCCCUGCAGCUCUUCUCGCCCAAGGACCCGAGGGAGCCGGGCGUUGAGGCGCACCAGCACCCAGGACUCAGUAAAGCAGCCCAGGAUCAGGUCCUCCAGACGCUGAUCCAGAGGGUGCGAAGGCAGAGUGUCCUCUCGUUCGUGCCGCCCUCCCAGUUCAGCUUCACCCACUCAGGUUUCCAGCUGGAAGACAUCUCCACGAGCCAGCGGUUCAUGCUGGGCUUCGCUGGCAGAAGGACAUCCAGGCCUGCCAUGGCAGGCCACUACUUGCUUAACAUUUCCACCUACGGCCGAGGCUCGGAGAGCUGUAGGAGGACCCACUCGGUAAACCCUGAAGACCGUUUUUGUCUAAGUAGCCCCCCGGAAGCCUUGAAAACGGGAUAUGCAGAUGGUCAGAGCGCAGCAGGGGACAGCAGCAGCGGCAGGGAAGACGACACUGACGAGGAGAGCACUGAGGACGAGCCGGAGUCGGUGCUGGCGAAGAGGGAGCCCCAGGCACCCCCGAGUUCCGGGAAGGGCGAUGCAAGUGGAAGACCCCACAGCAGGGAAACGCCGUCCACCAGCGACUGCUCGGCCGAGGCACCGCUGAGCGAGCAGCCCACUCCAGCCAAGGAGCAUUACCUGUUCCCCAGGGGCCAAGCGUUGGAUGGAAAGACUCUGGCCAGAGAUUUCGUUCAGGCAGCGCAGAAGCAGGUGGCAUGUGCAGGGAGAGGUAAGGCGGUGCGCAGCAGCCCUGAGCUUUUCGGCUCUUCUGCUCUGCCUCUGCCUGCCGACAGUCCCACCCAUCAGCCUCUGCGCCUUCCGCCCCUGCAAACCCCAAAGCUGUAUGGAAGCCCCACCCAGCUAGGGCCGAGCUACAGGGGCAUGAUCAAUGUCUCCACCUCUCCUGACAUGGACCACAACUCUGCCGGACCAGGUAGCCAGGUGUCUAGCAAUGUGGGUGACGUCAUGUCCUUCUCAGUGACCGUCACUACCAUCCCUGCUGGCCAAGCUAUGAAUCCCAGCGGCCACGGCCAGACCAUUCCUGUUCAGGCCUUUCCUGAGGAGAACAGCAUCGAGGACACGCCUUCGAAAUGUUACUGCCGAUUGAAAGCCAUGAUCAUGUGCAAAGGCUGUGGAGCUUUCUGCCAUGAUGAUUGCAUUGGGCCCUCCAAACUCUGCGUCUCCUGCCUUGUUGUUCGGUAAUGAGAGCAGAAAGGUACACACUGUGAAGGCGGGGGAAGGGAAGGGCUGCUGACGUGUGUGUGUGUGCGUCCCUGGAAUCACAGAGAUAAGUCGGUUUGGGCUGUCUGAGCAGACAGAUGUUAAUCAGGAAGACAGAGUACAGGUUUUUUGCAUUUUAGAGGAAGAGCACCUUGUAUAGCAAGUCUAAGGCAGGACUGUGAGUUUGUGACAAGUUUGCACUUAGAAAAUCAUGUAAAUAUGUCACAUUUUGUCUAAUAUGGCUUUCCCAAGUGUUGCGGUAAUAAUGGGUUACUUUUAAUUCAGAUUUUGUUCCACUUCACGUGACCGGGGAAAGGUGAAUGCCAUGCUGGCUCCCUCUGACCUCCGCUGAGAGGCUUGGAAGAGCAGGGAGGGAGGGAGCGUUGGACAGGUGACCGAAGGUGAGGAGUGUGUCUGCACGUUCGGGCUGCACGUUGUGCGGAGACCAUUCGGCCUUUCCAGGAUCUGGAUCAGGGUUUCCUCAGCCCCUUUACCUUAGAUGGAACUGUUUCAAGUCGAGGUUUUUGCUAAGGCCUUACUCCCACAGGCAGCAUUGCAGACCCUGACAGCUGAGUGGUUCUUGGCUCUGUCAGCCAGUGCUGUCUGCCUGCAGCUGCUGGAGCCCUGCUGUUCCCUAACCCCACCCCUCUGCCCCGAGACAGGAGUGUGGCCUGUGGCGGGAGCGCCUCUCCAGGCCCCGCCGUGUAACCAUGGCCCGUGCAGGGCCGCGGUUCCAGCAAUAACAGCUCUGCAUGACGGAUUGGAAAUCCGAGGGUAAAAUAACCAGGAAAGGGUGAGUGAGUGGGAGAUUUGAACUAUGUCUUGUUGAGUGAGGGGAAUGAAACUGCAGACGCUGUUAAAGUGAGCAUAAAGAGCUUUGGAAAACAGUUUUCACACUAGAAACAAGGUAGCCUAUCUUUUCCUCUUCUCUCCCAACCCCGUAGCUAAAGUUUUAUAGUCACAGGUAGAAAAGCUCAUUAACACAUUUGCUCGUUCUGUUCAACCUGUUUUGACCUCCCAGGCAUCUGAGGAUGGAGUGAUCUGAUUACAUCUUACUUAAACACAUGUGUCCGCACACACAGAGCACAGUUUCUGUUUUAGCAAACUUGUGCUCUGCUUUGCAUUACUGCUGUGUUCUAGAAAUUUCUUAUGUAAAGGGGAUUUGGUGAAUGGCUAAGAAAUUGUCUAAAGGAAGAAGAAUUGGCUCCAAAGUUUUGUUGGUUUUUUUGUUUCUUUUUUUAUUUGUUUGUUUAUUCGUUGUUAAAUCUUUCUUAGUGGCUGAAGAAUUUUGGAGUACAUUUUAUUUAGGUCAUGGUUGUAGAACAUUAAAAACAACCUACAGUUUACCAGAAUUUGGUACUAAGUAGGAGAUUGUCAACUGGUACCAUCUGCGUAUAGAACUCAUCUCCUAAUUUGAAAUGUGUAAAAGCAUUAGUGCAACCUAGUACAGGCACAUUUGUACUACAUUUUCAGGACGCGGCAUUUACAAGCUGCGGACCAGUUUAAGCUUGCUCACUGAGACACGUUCCAGGUUAGGAGAGCAUGAGCGAUCAUAAAACCCUGUGUUUUGCCCCCAUUCACGCUUUCAGCGUUUCCCCACAGUCCCUGCUCCAAACCCAGAAGAAACUCACUCCACUAUUUUUCAUUUUUCUUUUCCAGCUUUUUUGUGGCCCAAGGCAAAUAGAGGAUCUGUGUCCCAGUUUCAGCCAAGGCAGCAUGAAGUCCUCCCAUCUUCCCACUUUCCUCUCGUACGUGCAUAGCACACACAGUUCAGUCCCUCCGAGGGUAGGAAGUAGAAACUGUGGUUCUGCUGCCAAACUUGCCGACCCCUGGGUAAUCCGAGGGGGGUCAGGGAGACCUCCCGCUGGGUCUCACUUCUGUCUCUCCUCCUCGCCAUGGUGGCAGCGCCGAGGGCUGCUCCUCUGCGUGCCGGGGCGGGGGUUGGUUCGAGUGUUUCAGAAUCAACCCCAUUGCAAAGUGUCAGCCACCAGUUUGGACUGAUAAAAGGGACUUCCUUUCUUCACUGCUUUUCUGUUGGAAAAGUGUUCCUGCACGCGUCCCUCUGCUGGGCACAGGCAGGCUGUCGGCAGGGGAGGGCCGGCGUCAGGGAAUUGCAGUCCAGUUAGAGCAAACCACGUUGUGCCUCCCUUGCUCUUGACCAGGCUCUUGCACACAGGUGCUCAGCACUGCUGUUUGCCAGAUUCUCGUAAAGACUACGCAGCUGAUGUUUGCUGAUGUUGCCGGCUGGGUGCUCUGCCUCCGUCCUGACCAAUCAGAGUCUUGAUCGGCAGCAGAUUGAAUACCAGUCACUUUGGCAGUCUGUUUCAAAGCGGUGGUUUUAGGGAGAAAGCAGUCAUCUUGUAAGCUGAACCGGGCUGGGGAGCGGGGCUGCAGUCUGGCCCAUUAGUAAAUGAAGCAAUAGGAGCAAGAAAGCCAUUACAUGAGUGAGUCUGGCGCUGUGGGACCUUUAACGCAGUUUCUGUCUUAGCGUUUGAGUUGCCUCGCCUUUCAGUCCAAUCCAGAAUGUUUUACGAAGUGCUAAGCUUACCCUCAGCAGAUGAAGUGGCGCCAUUUCCAGUGACUAGUUAGAGGUGUGUCCAGUGCACCUGCCCCCAGCCUGGUCUCGUAGCCCCGCCCACGGCAGGGCACCUCAGGAGAGAGCACUCAUAGUACGUCAUCUCAGUCUCAUGGAUCAGUGUUCUCAGUGGUCUGGAAAGAAGGCUUCCUGAAACUUGAAGAAUUUGGAUUGAAGUUCUCCAUCCUGCUAAAGAGAAAAUAAAGCCAAAUAAUCUGAAAUCAUCUGCCCUACUUCUGCUCCUUAACCCCUGUGCUCAAGACACUGAAGUUAGCUGUGGGAUUCUGUGUCCGAUUUGUAAGAUUAAGAGCUGGCCAGUGGGAGGUUUCUCUUGGGGGCCAGGGAGCACAGGGACCUGGGCUGGGAAGGCACACCUACUGAUGUCGUAGAGCUUAUCUCAGAUUGGAUUAAGUAGCCAAAGGAAGUGCUCCUUGCCUUCUAGUUGAAGGUGUGACGUCACAGCCUCAUGACUUGACAGUACCAUCCCCCUUGUGUAUUCCUGCCCGGCCCCGCCUUAGAGAUCCUUAAAGAACUCUCUGGUGAAGUGAUGUGUUAUGGUGAUGGGGUCUUCUCUGACCAUUCCACUGCGGUUUAUUUCCAGAACUUGCUGUCAAGGAGCAGUGCCAGGGUUGUUUUCUCUCUGACAUCAUGUCAUAGCAAGGAGAAAACGUCUCCCCAUCGUAUUACUGCACCGUGCUAAGUAAAAACUCAGCUCCAUUCAUAGACUAGUCCAAAGAGACUUUGAGAAACAUGAUGAUAGGCAGGGACCUUUCCUACCAUGUUUCAGUACCUGCAAACCUAUUGAAAGAGAGCAGUAGGUAAAACAGUUUCUAAAGUUGAAGCAGGAGCUUCAUAGAUUCUUGGUUACUUUAUUUUUUUUAAUGCUUUACAUUUGAUACAACUAUUAAAGAUCAAUUUUAAAAAUAGCUUUCCAGUAAUAUAUUUUAAGUAAUAUAUAUUUUAAUAUCUAUGUAAAAAGUGACAGUGGAAGACUUUGGAUUUCUCAUAUAUGGUGUGUUUAAUGUAGGACCUCACUGUUAAGGCACAGUUAUUGCAAAGGAAGUUACUCUAAUGACACUCGGAUUAUUUCCCAAGAAUGCAAUAAGGGGAAUAGUUUUGGGGUUUAUUUUUUAUUUUAAAAGAAAAAUGACUUAUUUACCACAAGCUAUUUUUUCCCUCUGGCUAUAAGGUUUGUAAAUGGUUUGGUAAAUGCUACAACUUUUGUGUCUUUUGCCUUUUUAAAGGAAUUGUUAACAUUGGAAUUGAGGGUAUGUACAGAGAAGUUGGUGUCAACACCAUUUAAAAAGUCAUAUUUUUUCACAAAUAUAGAAAAAAUCAUUUUACAUAAGAAUUUUAAGUAUUUGCAAUAAAUAUAUGUAUAUAGAUUGUAUGUAUUCAUAUAUUCUUAUUUUUCAUUUUAUUAUUAAGUAAAAGAUGAUUAAAAGUGAAAAUAAAACCCUUUGAGUUUUUGGUGACUGCUGAGAUGAGCCGGCCAGCUGAGAGUGGCCCGAGCGGAGGCUGUCCGUGGCUCCCUCGCUGCUCUGGGAAGGCUGCCGCCGCUGGCACAGGCAGACACAGAUGAGGGGCUUGCUGGCAGACCGGGGAGUGUCUGUCUCAGAGAUUCAGCACACAUAUUCCUGAUUUCUCCUAGUCUGUCUGUCUCCACGUUUUGUCCUUUGUUCUGUCUUGUAGCCACCUAAUUUGACUGGAAAAGCAACACAAUGUAGUGUCUUUUUUUUUUUUUUUUUUUUUUUUUAAUGUGCCCCUGGUUUGCUUCUAAAAGGAAGAAUGUAAGAAAACAUCUCAGGGGAAAAAAUAGGUUUUCCUUUCUCCACAGUGGUUAGUCAUCCAUUAGCGAAUACUCACUGCCGCCACCUCCCAGGCCCAGGGGUGUAUGAAGAAAUCACCUCUUGAAGAUCAUUGGAAAGUUGUUCCUGUUGCGAGAUUCAGCUCUGAGAAGUGACUUCCAGAGCCAGAGCCCUGUCCUGCCUGACUGCUCUGGAGGGGCUGGGUCAGAGCUGGGAGAAUCGUGUGCGGAGAAGCAUCCCUGUCUUAAUUAGAAUGUGUCUGCACGUUUGACACUGGAAUUUGGAACUUGCUGGUGUUGGGAAGGACGUCAUGGAAAUGCGGCUGAGCCCAGUGUCUGCAGUCCCACACCUGGCUGUGGGACAGGCAGCUGUCUGGUCCAGAAUUCAUUUCGUGUUGUAAAUACUUGGUUUUAGGGUAUGAUGGAGGCUGAAAAUCAAUACUAGAUGGUCUUGCAAAUCAAGGUAUGUAGCCUGUUCCUUAAAAACAGAUAAUAUAUGGAUUCAGUGGUAACCUGGAAGAAAAAUUGGGAAGAUCAGAAAAUUUUAAGAAUGUAUCUUGGAUGACCCAUGAAAUUGACUUUGUACUAUAUUUUACUAGUUAGUUCUCCCCAUAAUUGCUGAGCUGGGAUUAUUUUCACUGGAGAAAAAUAGCAUAUUUUGGAAAUUAAUGCAUAGUAAUGCCUUUUAAAAGACAACAUUAUUUUUCAAAAAUUGAAAUUUCAUACAUGAGGGUUGCCCAGACAUUGGAGAUAGUUCAGCCAUCCAAGAGCAUGGUGCUCGAGGUAUUAGCUGAAAAUGUACUGCUUUGACAGGCAACUACUGUCUCAGGGAACACCUGCAGCCUCAUUCCUGUACCCUGCAUCGCAAUGAAGGUAAACAUCUGAAUGUGUGACCAGUCCACACCGACCAUUUCCAGUGAGCGCCUCCCCACGUCCAGUACUGUGAUUCCAGGGGGGCCGCCUUCUACCUCACGGGAAGCAGAGCUCACGUUCAGGUGACGACGUGGGCGAGCGGGUCUGCAGCCGAGUGAGGAGAAGCAGUGUGUCGGCACAGGAAGCCUGCACCUGCAUCUCCCAGCUGCCUCUCACCAAGCCCACAGUCUUGGAAACCUGUGUCCAGUGCACUGACACUGCUUGGUCUCAUUUGGUCUCUGGAAGACGAAGAUGUUGCAAAAUGUUUCUGGCUUUUUGUACAAGUCACUUUAUUCCCUGACAGUUUAUGAGAACUGAAGUGUUGCUUAUACAAGGGUGCGCACAGUUGUGUCAGCUGUACGGAGGUUUUCCUGAGGUGGUAUCCACACCGCAUGUUUCUAGUCGAGAGAAGUAGAUGUGAGCGUGUCCCGGUGUAACAGUGUAAAGGGGUACAGGACGAAACAUGAAGAGAAGAUACUGCCUCCAGAUGAAAGAUUUUUAAAACACCGUGGGAGUUAGGAGCCGUGUUAAUAACAUUGACCCUUUUAAAGAAUUGUUGUUGGAGUAUCAGAAGUCGUUCGUAGAAGUUCUGAGAAAUCUGAGUGAAUCCUGGGAGAGAAGCCAGAGCAGCCCCUCUCCACCAAUGCAGUUCAGCAGGUCAGUGUCAAGUUCAGCUUUCAGACAACAGUCGGGUCAGUAACACAGCUUUCCUGUCACUGUUCAAACCCAGAAGAAGCGAAAGGGGAUUGUUGAAGCAUGAUUUCCACUUUACAGGUGAGAAGCAGCUGUCAUUCCUCAUUUCCAGUUGUUGCGGUUCCCGUUUUAUUCCUCCAUGUUCUGUCCUACUGUAGACCUGGCCUUUUGCUCCCUGUUAAGUCACAGUACUUGAAUUGUAAAACACUGCAGCAAGAUCCUAGUCCUUUCACGUCAGUGGCCAGACCCUAACUCUUGGCUCUUGCAAAUCCGUGUUUGCCACCGCUUCCUCCGGCACUUGUCUCAGGGAUGGUUCCCCGCGCCUCUUGCAUUCCGCACGCACGGCGUUCCCCUCUCAGAGGUGGCAGGUGUGUGCCACCAGGUGGUGCCGGCUCCGCUCCCAGGAGCGGGGCGCACGGAGACCCUGUGUGAGCUCUCUCUGUGGUCCGGUCUCUGAGGGGCAGCCCUGGAAGGGUCUCCCAGUGAGGGAGGGGUAGGGCCGCUUGCAAAGGAGCAGGGCUGGCUCCGCCUGCACAGGGGCUCCUGAGGACAGACUUCCAGCUCGGUCCUCCUGGCCCUCCUCGCCCUAAAGAAGCUGCGGCGAGCUGCAUCAACUGCAAGUCCCACGGGGAGGCUUGGAGUGCGGAGAGAGAAACCAAGAUCGAUUUUUAAGUGCAUUCAAGUAAACUUUGAAUUAAGAGGGUUUUUGUCGUUUUGUUUCUCUAAGAUUUUUGAGACGUGCUGUGGGCUAAGGAGCGCUUGUCUGUUGAUGGUGGCCACUUUGGACACUGAUGAGACUUGGAGUUGUGCCCCGUGUGUUGGUGGAAUGGGAUUUGGCUUCAUAAACACUACAUGUUGCCAGCCUUAAUCAGUUCUCUUCUUAAGUAUCUAAAAUUCAGGUGGCCCAGUAAGAAAGCCAUGCGUUAAAUGAUCACAAGCUAAGCUGAAGAACUAUUUGACACACAACCUGUUUCCUUCCCAUGGGGAGUAGAGCACACGGUUCUUUUAAAAACCCGAGUCUGACAUUUUCAGAUCCCAGGAGCCUGGGGGUGGGGAGAGGGAUGGGGGGUUGGACUUGGACCCUAAGUCGAUCGUUCUUUCUACGUUGGGUUUCAGGCAAACACAGUUUGGAGACGUCCUCGGUAGUGACCGCAGCCGACCCUGUGUGUAAUCGCUUUGCACAAGUUGUAAAUUAAUCAGACGUGGUUACCUUUUUAUUAGACAAGAAGGUAGAUCCUGGGCUCAGGAAAGACAUGCUAACUUAUUCUCUGAUAUUAAAAUGCUAACUAAAGAGCAAGUUUGUUCUUGGAGAAGUCGCAAAAUUUCUAGAAUCCAUGAAAGAUCUAGAGCACAUGACAAGUGAAACUCUGGAAAUGAGAAAACUUUUAGCCAUAAGUGCUUUAACCUGUUUGUUCCAGACGCAUCUUAGAUCUGUAACUCACUGCAUCGCACCUUUCACCAGCACCAAGGAAAAUCAGAAUGGAAGAAAUGACCUUACCUUGGCCUCGUUCGCUUUCCAGUCUGCACACAGGCCUUAGCACCCUGACAGAUGACGCUCUGCCUGUCAGCUCCUCACUGUCCCUACUCCUCUCACUCCCAGACUGUUCUUUUUACUGGUCAUAUAAAAACUACCUUCUUGAGAGCUGAAUGUACAAUAAUGUUCUGCACAUGGGCGGACUCUUAGCUCAAUGACUGAUUUUAUGUUGAAUAAAGGCUACAGUUCU